UGGGCGUUUGAUCCGUCUUCUUCUCCAGCUCAUACAUGACUUCACGACAAACGUUACACAAGUUGGCCAACUAAAAAUCGUGAAAUAUCCUGUCACAGACGACCGAGAAAGAUGACGGAAAGCUCCGCUACCAAGCUGCUAAACGGAGACGCCUGUCACCGGACCUCCAAUGGUAAAAAAUCGAGUAAAAAUGGCUUCGUGAAGAACCACUGUCUGUUUCAGCAACCACAGAAGUACCGUCGCCCCAGAGAGAAGAACCAAAAUGUACCACACAACUCCAGCCUGUACAAGAAGCCUUUCUUGGAAUCGUUCGAGGAGACUCCUCUUCUGGUGGCCGUGCUCACAUACAUGGGCUAUGGCAUCCUCACUGUCUUUGGCUAUCUCAGAGACUUCCUUCGCCAUUGGAACAUUGAGAAGUGCCACGUGGCUCGUGAGAGAGAGGAGCAAAAGGAUUUUGUCCCCCUCUAUCAGGACUUUGAGAACUUUUACACCAGAAACUUGUACAUGAGGAUUCGUGACAACUGGAAUCGACCCAUCUGUAGCGUCCCUGGUGCAAAGAUGGACCUGGUGGAGAGAGUUUCCCAUGACUACAACUGGACCUUUGAGCACACAGGGAGAGUGGUGAAGGAUGUCAUCAACAUGGGCUCAUACAACUACCUUGGUUUUGCUGAGAACAUUGGAGCUUGUGCCGAUGCUGCUGUUGAGUCCACACAGAAGUACGGAGUUGGAGUGGGCAGCACUCGCUGUGAAAUGGGAAACCUUGACAUCCAUGAGGAGCUGGAGCAGUUAGUUGCCAGGUUCCUAGGUGUUGAGUCAUCAAUGGCUUUUGGCAUGGGCUUUGCAACAAACUCCAUGAACAUUCCUGCUCUCACCGGGAAGGGUUGUCUCAUUCUGAGUGAUGAGCUGAAUCAUGCGUCGCUGGUGCUGGGUGCACGCCUGUCCGGCUCCACAAUUCGGGUCUUCAAACACAACAACAUGCAAAGCCUGGAGAAGCUGCUGAGAGACGCUAUUGUUCAUGGACAGCCAAGAACCCACCGACCCUGGAAGAAGAUCCUCAUAGUGGUUGAGGGCAUUUACAGUAUGGAGGGAUCUGUUGUGCGCCUGCCAGAGGUCAUAGCUCUGAAGAAGCGUUACAAGGCGUAUCUGUACCUCGAUGAGGCCCACAGUAUUGGAGCCAUGGGGCCAAACGGCAAAGGAGUGGUGGACUACUUUGGCCUGGAUCCCAGAGAUGUUGACAUCAUGAUGGGAACAUUCACCAAGAGCUUUGGUGCUGCUGGGGGAUACAUUGGAGGCAAAAAGGAGCUCAUUGAUUACCUGAGACGCCACUCCCACAGCGCCCUUUAUGCCACCUCCAUGUCCCCGCCUGUGGCCCAGCAGAUAAUCACCUCUAUGAAGAUCAUCAUGGGAGAGGACGGAACAACACUGGGUGCUGAUCGCCUCAAACAACUAUCAGAAAACACUACCUACUUCCGCAGGAAACUCCGCGACAUGGGCUUCAUUAUCUAUGGCAAUGAUGACUCACCCGUAGUACCCAUGAUGCUCUACAUGCCUGCCAAAAUUGGGGCAUUCGGUCGGGAGAUGUUAAAGAGGAACAUCGGCACAGUGGUCGUAGGCUUCCCAGCAACACCCAUCAUCGAGUCAAGGGCACGUUUCUGCAUUUCAGCUGCCCAUACCAGAGAGAUGCUUGACACAGCGCUGGCAGCCAUCAGUGAAGUGGGCGAUCUGCUGCAGUUGAAGUACUCCAGACGUGAGCAGCCUCUUCCCUCUCUGGGGUGGAUGUCUGAAGAGAGUCUGCUGCAGGACUAAGCCCAUUUAGCCCCCCUCCUCACUACCCCUCCCUUUCUGUACCUUUUCUUGUCUUAUGUAUCCCUUUUUUUUUCCUCUGAGCCACUCUCUCCAUCAUAUUUCAUCUCGUCGGAUCCAAGUGGACCUAAAGUCUUUACUGGUUAGCCUCAGUGCAUUAUGGGACAUGACCAGAAUCACCCUCAUCUCCAUGUAUGUGUCUGAUGUUACAAAUGUGUCCUAACUUAUUGUGACUGCAUCUGUCUACGUCUUAUUUCUGUGAGCACAUCGAAUGUGUAUCUUAUUUGUGCAAUAAUAACAACAACGUGAAGUUUCUUUGUUAUUCGAAACAACCAAGAGCAAAGUAGACAGAUUCUUGCCAGAGUUUCUCCUCAUGAGCUUAGAGAAAAGAAAUCUGAUCAUAGCUAUGACGAACGCAAGAGGAAAAAAUGAUAUAUGUAAAUAAUAUUUAUCCUGAAGUUUGUAAUACUGCCUUAGGGUAGCAUCCCAAACCUGAAAGAGAGGAGUAACAUCAGCAUGUUCACUCCACAUGUAUUUAUCUGAUGGCUUGUCUUUCUAAUCACUUUUACUUGAAUAGAAAGUAGAGAAUAAUAACGGGUUCUUUCCCUAACCAAAGGAUAUACUGUAUGUGUAUAGAUAUGUUUUCUACCUGUUCUCUUAAAAUGCAAAGCAGAUGUUGAAAAAGAAGACUUUUACGGGGAAAGAAUCCCAGGGAGCAAGACUUAAGGAAUAUUUUUUACUGCUUAUUUUCUAGAAAAUAUUAUUCAGCCUUAUUUACUGUUUACACCUGCACUCAAAAACUUGAGCCUAGUGUCUUUAACAUUUCUAUAAGCUAAUGAGCUCCACGUGUAAUAUUUCCUCCCUUCACACGCUAAAUCGCUCUCACUCAAGUGCUUUCAUGUGAAUCAGCGUCGACACGAUCUCUGAGCACGAUGACACGCUGUACCUUAGAUCUGUAUGUAUGACGAUGACGCUCCCAUGCUCAUCUGAUAUACAGACAGCUUUAUUUAUUUAAACCGUCAUCUCUCAGCUUUGUUAUUUUUAUAAAUAUUUUCUGGAAGGCAGCUCCAAACGGAAGGUGUGCAUUUUAUCUGACUACUUAAACACGUCUUAACUUCAGUGCCCGCACUACUGACAGGCAUCUUAAAUGCACAGAUGACGUAGUCACUGAAAUAAAUUAGCAAGAUUUGUUUGGAUAUGCUUAAAUGUCAUUGUGUUUUGUUUUUUUUUCCUUUAUUUAUCAUCUGUGGUCUGGAAUGACAUUCCAUAUCAAACUGUUUCCUUUGUUUUGUUGUUUAUGUCCAACUUUUCUGUGCAGGGUUACCCUAAAGGGGGCCUACAUGCUGCACUCAAACACCUGUUUGUUUAUAGGCUAAUUAUCACUUAAUGAUGUGAAUUAGAGGCUAUGUCAAUGUCAGAGUCAGUCAGAAAGCUGGCUACGGUCUGGCAUCAUGACCAUUCCUUUAAAUGUUCAUCAGAGUGAUUCAACUCAGCUCCAGUUAAGAGAUAUUUUUAUUUAUAUUAUUUUUCUUUUUAGCACAGAAGGAUAACUUUCUGGGUCCUUUUAACUGUAUAUUCAUUAGAAGUUGUCUUUGAGUGAGUCAUUCCUAUUUUGUUUCUUUUGUUGUGCAAAAAAUGGCUUGAACAACUCCAUAAUGCAUUUGCUUUUAAUAAAUAUAAUGUAAAAGGUGGAACACAUGACUAUGAUCUGGAAUUGCACUCUUCAGAAACACACUCUGACAUAAAACAUUUCGUCAAAGUUUCCUCUGAAGCUGUCUGCAGCCCGGCACAGUAUGUUGAGCUUUUACAUUUCUGUCUAUGGAGGCAGAAAUGUAAUUGCAAACAGCAACAUAACCAUUUCUCUCAGCCAGGUUUUCCCCCACUGAAACUGAGGAAUUAAAAGUUAAAAGAUCACUGACGUGUCUUACUGCUUGAAGCUCUUUAAUGUAUUGUGACAUUUUCCAGCUAACAUGCAUCACACACCUGCAGACUGACCUGCAGUGACCAUUGGGAAACUUGCCUAUCAGUUGUUUUUGCCCUUGGGGUUGUGUUUGGGUUGAAGAUAAACCACUUAGAGGAGUUUGUAAAGCCGUGAUGUUUGUUGACCAUGCUGUUGGAAACAGUGCUGAUUAAAUCACUUUCUUUGUAUCAA